CAACCCCGUGCUGUUAAAAUGGUUUUCAAUCCCAAACAAACGGCAAACGGGAAUCUCUGAUUUUUCAGAGCGGGGGAGGAGGGCAUGAUCUUUCGAACUCUCUCUGCAACCGAAAUCGAAACCUGUCUGAGAGAGAGAGAGAGAGAGAGAGAGAGAGAGAGAGAGAGAUGCGGACGGUGCCACUGGGAAUCUCAGUGUCUCCAACCUCCGUCAAUCGCCAUUCCAAUUGCAAUAAGCUCAAACCAACCUUUGCUUAUAGGCUCUCUCGCUUCGAUUCCUUUCUCUCUCAUCUCCCAAAUUCAGGUUUGCUUUGCAGAGCCAGUCAAGUUGCUGAACUAUUCCCUCCAACUGUAUCGCCUGAAAUAGUAGUUCGAGAAGCCAGGAUAGAGGACUCUUGGGAAGUGGCUGAGACUCAUUGCAGCUCCUUCUUCCCUGGAUACUCAUUCCCUCUAGAUUUUGUGCUGAGAAUUGACAGGCUGGUGGCAAUGCUCUCUGGAUUCUCUGUGCCUCCGGGUUGCCGAAGAACUUGUUUGGUUGCUGUUACUAGUAGCUCGUUUCUUGAUGCUUUCUUCUUUGGUAGUGAAGAUUGUAAAAUAGGAGGUCAAAAUGGUGGAUUUAUUUUAAACAAGGGGAAUGUGGCUGGGAUAUUAACUGUGGAUACCGUGGCUGAUUUUCUGCCAAGGAAAGGACCACUUCGGCAAAGAAGGACUGGAAUUGCAUACAUAUCAAAUGUGGCAGUUCGGGAGAGAUUUCGAAGGAAGGGGAUAGCUAAAAGGCUCGUAGCGAAGGCAGAGGCUCUAGCCAGAACCUGGGGCUGCCGUGCAAUUUCAUUGCACUGUGACCUGAACAACCCUGGGGCAUCAAAGUUGUACAUUGGGCAAGGUUUUAAAUGUGUCACAGUGCCAGAAGGUGCAAAUUGGCCCCAACCAAAGACUUCUCCGAAUAUACAGUUCAACUUCAUGAUGAAGCUUCUCAACACUUUGUAGGUUCCUUAGGAACAUACAAGUAUUUAAAAUGAAUGCCGAUAAAAAAAAAAAGUAUUCAAAAUGAAAAAUCAGUCGAAAUAUCAAGGUUAAACUAGGAUGUUUCAAGUUGUUGUAUGUGUAUAUAAACCGAACGAGGAAUGAGGUCCAGAUUUUGGAGUUGAUGUACUAUUUAUGGUGCUGUGAUGCUCAACCUGUGCAUGUAAAUUCUGUGUGAAGAUGCGUCAGUUUGGCUGCUACACUGGUGGCUGUACUUGUGCGUUUC